GCGUAGUUCGUAGACAGACUAAAGUACAAGCAAGGAAACCACACCAAAACUACAUUUCCCAGACGACGUUGCGCAGGCUGAAGACGGAAGUGUGUGAGUUUCGUGGAGGAAAAGAAGUUCUCGUAGUUGUUUUCAUGCCAGUGUAAAAAGUCACACUUUAGUCGUUUCUCGGGUCUUGAGAUUGUGUUGAAGCUGUUUGAAGACACCAAAGUUCACAGGGACCAGUACCAUGAUGGGGACUAAACCAGGCCCAGUACAGAUCGUCACAGUGUGUAAGGAGGAACACUCCUUUGCUUUGGACACCGAGGCUUUGACUCGGGUUCUACUGGCUCCUGAGGUCCGAGACAAACACGUGGUCGUGCUGUCGGUGGCAGGAGCCUUCAGAAAGGGCAAGAGCUUCCUGCUUGAUUUCAUGCUCCGCUACAUGUACAGAAAGGAUGAUGAAAACUGGCUGGGUGAGGAUGAUGAGCCGCUGACUGGAUUUUCUUGGAGAGGGGGUUCAGAACCAGAGACAACAGGCAUCCAGCUGUGGAGUGAAGUUUUCCUCAUCAAAAAGAGUGAUGGAACAGAGGUGGCAGUAGUGUUGAUGGAUACUCAGGGUGCCUUUGAUAACCAGUCCACCGUGAAGGACUGUGCCACCAUCUUUGCCCUCAGCACCAUGACCAGCUCAAUACAGAUCUACAAUCUGUCACAGAACAUACAAGAGGACGAUCUGCAGCAGCUACAGCUGUUCACGGAGUAUGGUCGUCUUGCCAUGGAUGAGAUCUUUCUGAAGCCCUUCCAGUCUUUGAUGUUCCUAAUCAGAGACUGGAGCUUCCCCUAUGAAUAUGACUACGGUUUUAAAGGAGGCAAUAAAUUCCUGGAUAAACGGUUACAGGUGAACGAGUCCCAACAUGAGGAGCUGCAAACAGUGAGGGAUCACAUCCAUUCAUGCUUCACCAGCAUUUCCUGCUUCUUGUUACCUCACCCUGGGUUGAAGGUUGCCACCAGCCCCGUUUUUAAGGGACAACUUAAUGUGGUUGCCCCGGAGUUCAAAGAGGAGCUGAAGAGCCUGAUCCCCAAACUGCUGCAUCCCAAUCGUCUGGCUGAGAAAGAAAUAAAUGGAAACAAAGUCACUUGCCGGGGCCUGCUUGAGUUCUUCAAGGCUUACAUCAAGAUUUACCAGGGAGAAGACUUGCCACAGCCAAAGACUAUGCUCAUGGCUACAGCAGAGGCCAAUAACCUGGCAGCCGUGGCAACAGCCAAAGAUCAGUAUCACAAGAACAUGGAGAAGGUGUGUGGGGGAGACUUGCCCUACGUGGCUCCUGACUCUCUGGAGGAAAAGCACCACUUCUACAGCCGAGAGGCUCUUCACAACUUCUCUUCGACCAAGAAGAUGGGCGGACAAGAGUUCUGUCACCGUUACCAAGCACAGCUGGAAAAGGAGCUGGAGGAAAUGUGGCAUUCCCUCAGCAAGCACAAUGCGUCAAAAAAUCUCUUCAGUGCCUUCCGGACACCUGCAGUGCUGUUUGUCCUGGUGUGCCUCCUCUACGUGCUGUCAGGUGUGUUGCUCUUCGUUGGCCUGGCUACCUUCGCCUUGGUGUGUGACUGUACACUGGGUGUGGUUAUGAUGUCGAUGCUGACGUGGGCCUUCAUCCGCUACUCUGGUCGGUACCGGACUGUAGGGGGAGCUAUCGACCAGGCUGCAGGUGUCGUCCUAGAGCAGGCCACCGUGGUGUUGAACAAGUCGAGAGGUACAGGCACCAGUAGCCUGAAGAAAUCCAGUUAGAGGACCUCUGGACCUUCAUAAUCUCAAUGCAAUGCUACCAGCACACAACACAAGCACACAUUCAGCACUAAAGCCUUAUCAUGCAACCCAUUGGAACAAACACGCAGCUCAACCACAUCGGCACAGGGUACAAACACAAUGCCAAUUCACCAGCAUCUUUAUUAUGCACAUUACUCUGCCUAUUAUAAGUCCAGGCUUAUAUAAAGGUGACUGGAUUCACUGGUGGCAAUAGCAGGGAGUUAAACCAUCCAAAUCCCUCUUAUUGACACUUUGUCUUGAAUUGACACUGCCAUCAUUUUACAAGUUUACAAUUGGUCUUAAUAGACAAGUCGAUGUUUACCUUUAAACUGUAUAUU